AUGGAAAAGUGUUUGAGUGCCACCUCUUUGGUGGCACUUGCACUGCUUGGCAGCUUUGUUGGGACAAUUGUAGAGGCUCAGGGCUCAGUGUUGCAGAAAGCUGCAGCACCAAUGUCUAAGGGUGCUCCACCUCCUCAGGCACCAAAGGCUGUUCCACGACCUCAAGUACCCCAGGUUUCACCUCCUUCACCACAAUUUCCUCAUUAUCCAAAAAUUCAACCUCCUCCACCUCCAAAGGUUCCACAAUAUUCUGACGUGCCACAGAUCCAACCUCCUCCGCCUCAAAAGGUUCCCCAAUAUUCUCACGUGCCAAAGGUCCAACCUCCUCCGCCUCAAAAGGUUCCACAAUAUUCUCACCCGCCACAGAUCCAACCUCCUCCGCCUCAAAGGGUUCCACAAUAUUCUCACGCGCCACAGAUCCAACCUCCUCCGCCUCAAAAGGUUCCACAAUAUUCUCACACGCCACAGAUCCAACCUCCUCCGCCUCAAGAGGUUCCCCAAUAUUCUCACGCGCCACAGAUCCAACCUCCUCCGCCUCAAAGGUCGGAGCCAGAGGUCCUUCUACCACAGCAACCAUAUGAUCCGCAGCAACCGAAACCACCAACAUCUCCACAGGAACCUUCCAUUUACCAGCCCGUUGGUCCAAAGCAGCCUUCUUUUCAGAGUUGUGAGGUGGCACCAAAUGUGAGAGUCCCCUGUGGAAGUGCUGAUAUAUCUGCUGCUGGAUGUGAAGCCAUUAGCUGUUGCUUUGAUGGGCGACAGUGCUACUUCGGAAAAGCAGUGACCGUCCAGUGCACCAAGGAUGCCCAGUUUAUUGUGGUAGUGGCCAGAGAUGCCACUCUGCCCAACAUUGACCUUGAGUCAGUCGCUCUGCUGGGGGGAGGUCAGGGCUGCACACACGUUGACUCUAAUUCAGACUUUGCCAUCUACCAGUUUCCUGUUACCGCCUGUGGCUCUGUUAUUAUGGAGGAGCCUGGUGUAAUAAUCUAUGAGAACAGGAUGUCCUCCUCAUAUGAAGUAGGAGUUGGCGACCGUGGAGCCGUUACCAGGGACAGCUACUAUGAAUUGCUCUUCCAGUGUAGGUACAUCGGCACUUCUGUUGAAACUGUGGUUACAGAGGUAUUACCGUUGCAAGAUCCUCCUCUACCAGCUGCUGCUUGGGGACCCAUCCGAGUACACCUGAUGUUGGCUAAUGGGCAAUGCCACACAAAGGGUUGUAAUGAAUUGGAUGUGGCCUACAGCUCUUUCUACACGGAGGCAGACUACCCUGUGACCAAAGUACUGAGGGACCCUGUGUACGUGGAGGUUCAACUCCUUGAAAAGACAGAUCCAAACCUUGUCCUGACUCUUGGUCGCUGUUGGACAACCACAAGCUCCAACCCUCAUAGUCUGCCCCAGUGGGACAUUCUGAUCGAUGGGUGUCCAUACAGGGAUGAUCGCUACUUGUCCUCACUGGUUCCAGUCAGUCACUCUGGUCUGGCCUUCCCAAGUCACUACAGGCGUUUCCUUUUCAAAAUGUUUACCUUCGUGGACCCCAGCUCAUUAGUGCCCCUGAAGGAGCAGGUGUACAUUCACUGUAGUGCAGCUGUGUGCACUGCUGCUCUGGGCCGCUCCUGUGAACCAUCAUGCUUCAGAAAAAGGAGAGAUGUCCAGGCUGUGGACCAGAGGACGGCUGAGCCAAAGGUUGUGGCUUCUGUUGGGCCUGUGAACAUUGUGCAGCAACCAGCACAGAGCGCCUAG